AUGUUGAAAGGAAAAAAGUACAAUGCGCUUCAAGUUACUGCUACUGCCUCAAUGUCAAAUUCCGAUUUUCAAUCAUGGGUUAAAAACAAGAUUUUCAAUGCAGCUUCAGUGUAUAGUUUUCGCAACGAUCUCGUUGUAGUUGAAAUAACAAAAGCAAGAUCAGAAAAGUUGUUCGAGUUGUUUAGAAAUUUAAUUGAAGCUUCAGCUAUGCACAACAAUAUGACGACAUUUAUGUGCUUAUACCCUUGGGUAAAAAAAAAGAAAACUGCAAAUGUUCAUUUUCCACCAUUUAUGAUGUCAAUUGAAUGCCAAGCAAAAUUUUUAUCUGCAAUGUUACAUAAUCCAUCGCAAUUUUAA